CUCAACCGAUCGAUGACGGCUCUGCCAUGGCCACAGAUAUGUACACCACUCGUCCAUUCAGGUCAGAUGCAGCUGCUGUCUUUCAUAUGCACAUCAAAUCUGCACCACGGCAGCUCCAAAAGCUCUCUUGAGGUAUCACCACACAGAUAGAUGCAGCAUUUCUCCAUUUCUCCAUCGAAUGCACCCAUUUUCGACGAUACAAUCAGCCGAAUUUUUGAACCUCGCUCUCAUAGUGUCGCCUUCAUCAAGCAGUGCCUGCGCUCCCGCGAUGUUGGCAGCCGCUGACCUGAUCAGACAGCGGCAAACCUGCAUCGCGCGCGAGUACUUCACUUGACGAAGGACGAAUACACGAGAGCGGCACGCUUGCCAGCACACCAAGCGCGAAAGCCCAAGUCAGCCAUCCAUCUAGCCCAGAGCAUUAGCUAGUAAGUCAGCUCUUGGCCGUCCCACUGCAGGAACCUCCCGUUGUCCUCUCUGCCAGCCUCCUCCACUAUCUUGGCUAUUCCAGCAGCGCUCUCGUCGACGGGCAGUAGCGGCUCCAGCGGCGCACCCCCUGCUCGACCCAUCUCGGUGUCGGCCGUGCCAGGAUGCACAGAAAUGAAUGUGAUGCCGUCGGUGUCAUUCUUGGACUCCUCUAGCGCGAAAUUCUUGACCAGCAUGUUGGCCGCAGCUGCACCCAUGCACGGACACGCAGACACCACCGACAGAUGGGAUUCGUUGAAUUUUCAUGUCGUGUGUCUGAGGGCGAAGCGCACCUUUGGAGCAUCGGUAGCUGGUGAUGGAACCCCUUCGGUGCAUCGACAAUGAGCCGGCGCGCGAGGAGAUGACGACCACCAGCCGCCUGGAUGACCGCCGCAGUAGGGGUGUGAAUGUCUGGAUGCAGUCGAGCACACCGCACACAUUGACGUCGAACACGUGCAGCAUGGCCGCACGGUCACAGGUCUGGGGGGGAUCGCCGUGGACAGUGACGCCUGACGCACACACAAAGACAAACACGGGGACAGCGGAACAAGCAUGCAGCGAUGGCCGGACAGACAGCCUCCAUGGUGUGUGUGUACCGGCAUUGCAGAUCAGGCAGUCGAUUGUGUCGAUGCCGUCCCUCUCCAUGCUCGCCCUGGCAGCGGCAAUCGACUCUGAGCUGCCGACGUCAAGCUGCAUCCAACACACAACAAACAGGUCACCCACAUGGACACAUAGUGCCGUGAUCGGCCUGUUACCGGGUAGACGAUGACCCGCCCCUUGCUGCCGUCCUGCGUGCUAUUCGUCUUGCAUGAGUCGGCGACCGCCUUGAGCUCCGUCGCACCCUGUGGAUCUCGGCAUGUGGCGACGAUGGUGUGGCCUUUUGAUAUCAAAUGCUUCGUCAGAGCCAGGCCGAUUCCUCGAGAGCAGCCACUUAUCAAGAUCGUCUGCGUCUGCAUCUUUGCUGUCUGCACGUCGGCUGCAUCUGGAUCUGUUGCAGCAGCUGCUCCAGCGGCGGCUGCCUUGCAGGCCGGGCGCUUCGCUGACCUCAGCAAUGGCGCAGGUGCUGUCUGCGGCCUCAGCUGAAUGAAGGCGCUCGCGAGAGAGAUGCAGGUAGGCAGCAGCC